AUGUCGUUCCCGCAAUCCCCCUCCGUGCAGCAAUAUCCCCAGAACGGGCAACUCACUCCACAGCAGCAGCAGCACCAACAAAUGCAGAUGCAAUACCAGCAGCAGCAGCAGCAACAGCAGCAACAGCAACAGCAGCAAUCCCAACAAUCCCAGCAGCAAGCCUCCACCUCCAUGCCCCCGCCCGCCUCCAAGCCCACCGACCCCACCGACCUCGCCGACGCCCUCACCUCCGCCGGCAUCGACCUCAAAGAAGAAGAAGCGCGCCUGACAGCCUCCACCACCACCACCGGCACCAGCAACGCCCCGGGUACCUCCUCCUCCGACGAAGAAGCCCGCAUCGCCCACCGCCGCCAGGCCGAGAUCCGCACGGCCCACCUCUCAAACCCCUUCCUCACCCCCGAGAUCCUGUCCAACCGGCUCUUUCGCAAGACGCGCGACGCCGCCUGCCAGCUCUUCACGCUCAACGCCGGCAACGGCGCCCUCGUCACCCACGGCCAGCAGGCCGACAUCGCAGCCCUCCUCAGCCUCGCCGCAAAGGACCGCAUCAACCAGUGUGUCACGCGCGCAAUCGUCCUCGCCCGCGCACGCCGCCGCGCCCAGAACGUCGUCUCGGGCGAGUGGGCUGACAGCGUAAAGGGUGCGUCGCUGGACCCUAUCAAGGGCGGUGGCGUCCCGGAUAGCGCCGUCUCACCGGGGAACCCACUAAAGCGCUCAUUCAGCUUUACGGCGGGGGAGAUGGCGCCGGCGCCGGCGCCGACGACGACGCUGGCGAAUGAGACGGCGAAGGCGCUGAGGGGGCUGCAGCAGCGCGAGUUCAACAAGGAGCAGGAGCGCAUCGCAAAGAAGGCGAAGCGCGAGACGCCGGCCACGGCGGCCAGCACGCCCACAGUCGAGCCAACGACACCAUCAGCAGCAGGAGGGGCGGGGGCGUCAUCGUCGCAGGUGGAGCCGCCGUCGACGCCGACAAUGUCGCUGAAGGAGUCGCGCAAGCACAUUGCGAGCAAGAAGGAGGAGGUGAUGUCGCACAAGGCGGCCAACGCGACCGCGAACAUGAUGAUGGGGAUCGGCGGGUUCGGGGGGAAGCGGAAGAAGAAGACGUAUUCGUGGAUGUCGGCCGCUGGGGGCGGGAUUGGCGGUGGGGGCGGGCAGGCGGCGAUGGCGCCGGUGGGGGGCGUUGGGGGGGUGGCGACGCCGACGACGCCCGGGGCGGGUGGGGGGUUGGAGUAUUGGACGGGGGGGCAGAGGAUUGGGGCGUGGAGGGACGAUGGGGAGAGGGGGGCGGGCGUGCAGAUUCGCGAUUGGAUUGGCGCGUUGGAGGGGGAUGGGAGGGGCGUGGGGAAGGGGGUUGUGAAGGCGUAUUUGAGGAUGAAGUGA